CUUUUUCCUUGCUCACCCCAUAUAUAUAUAUAUAUAUACAGUGUCAUAUAUCUUACUAUCAUAAACAGAGAUUAGAAAGGGUAUAUACACAAGGACUGUUACUAUCACCAUUGACAGAUUCGUGUUUCUGGGUUUUGGAAAACUAGGGGGAGAUGCAGCAGUCAUCACAAAUGUUGAAUGGUGGUGCACCUUCUGUUCCUGUUCCUCUUACUAACAUCACCACUGAACAGAUUCAAAAGUACCUGGACGAGAAUAGGCAGUUGAUUCUGACCAUAUUGGAAUACCAAAACCAGGGAAAGUUCACAGAAUCUGCCUCUUAUCAAGCCAGACUUCAGCAGAACUUGACGUAUCUGGCUAAACUUGCUGAUGCCCAACAACUACCUUCAAUGCCUCCUCAGUCUGCAGUAGUUCAACAGCAUCCUCCUCAGGCAGCAGUGCCUCAACAGCAAUCAGCAACUUUCACCACAAGGUUUCCAAUUCAGUUGAAUGACGAUCAACAGCAACAGCAGCAAUUGAUGCAAACUCAAAUGGGCAUGAAACCCGGUGCAACAAGCUGCAUGCAUCACAGUAUGCAAUUCGGAGGUGGAAACAAGCAAGAUGGAAUAGGUAGUGGUGCUGUUGCUGGUGAUUUUCCUGGAAAUUUUGCUUCCGGAUAUAGUCAUGGUGACGCAGAACCCUAUGGUUGAAUAAGUAGUAGCUACUGUUGCGGAUAUGAAGUCCCAGUCACAGCACUUACGUACUGGUUUCUGUAUCUACUUCAUCAUCCGACUCUACACUUGAUCUUUACAACUAUUACAUUCCUUUGUUAAUGGCUAAUGCCCUUGUUGCUGAAUAGCGAGCUUGGCCGUUUUAUCUUUCUAUGUGAUUGAUCUCUGGACCUGUGGCAUGGCCGCAUGGCAUUACAGGCUCGCACUGAAUAUAAUUUAUACGCCUGACCAAUGCAUAUUUACCCGAUUGAAAAUUGGUGUUGAGAUCUUGAUCCUGACACAAAAUUGGAUUAAUUGUAUUCGACACGACGACUUGUUAUUGCAAAACAGUCGCACCCAAAAGGGUAAUCCUGUUAUAAAAGAAAUAUUCUUAUUGUUUCACAAACUGUAAAUUAAUAGUAUUUAAUUUGUUACCAAUCGUUAUAAUUUAAUGAUUUAGAUGUUAUUUCCGUAUUUCAAGGGGGAUUAUUUUAUUUACAACUCCUUGCUGGUUGAGGGUAGUUGUGUAAGUUUCCCUAGAUAAACUUUUUGAAAGAAAAAUAAACACAAAAAGCUUUAAUGGCCUUAACCUUCACUCAAAAUACGUAGUAUAGGCAAUCGGAUGCAGAGAGGCAAUUGUAUAGAUAUGAAUAUCACUUCGAAUGCAGAAAGUUGGAGUUUGCAGUUGAGUAUUAAAAACACAGAAAAAAAUUUAAGCCUUUCCCUCCCCCCCCUCCCUUUCCAGCAGGAAAAAGAAAACAAAAAGAAAAAGAUCAGCACAGUUCCAAUCACGGUAAUUCGGUUGUCAUCCAACAACAAGCUUGAUCCGCAUACUGCUGGUACAUGCACAUUUAGUGAUGAGAUUAUAGAUGAUAUAUGUGAUUCCC